AUGGAAAAAGUAGCUGUCAUUAAUAAUAAAGGAACUGGACGAGCCCGUUCUGGUUCGAUUCGUAAUCCGCAAUUUCGUGGCGGUGGGGUAGUUUUUGGACCAACUAGCGAGGAAAAUUAUUCGCUAGACAUUAAUAAAAAAUUGAAAAAAAAAGUCCUUCAAUCGCUUUUGGGCGAAAAAAUGAGAAAUAAAGAAAUAGUAAUUGUUGAUAAACUGGCAUUAGAAAACUAUAAAACCAAAGAAGCCAAAAAAUUGCUCGAUGUUUUACCAACCAAAGAAGCUAAAACUCUCAUUGUUUUAGCUGAUAAUGAAGAAAACAAAGCCAAAAUAAUCUGUUCGUUUCGCAACUUACCUUAUGUAAAUAUUAGUGAUAGCAAGUCAGUUAACACCUCGCAAGUAUUAACUCCCGACCAAAUAAUAUCAGGAACAAUAUCAGGAACUUUGAGUGGAAUAAUAGUAGUUUUGGCUCAAAGGCGCCUAGACAGAAGAGUAAAAAAAUUGGAAGAAAAAGAGUAG